AUGCGUGAGCUGAUCGAGUUGCGCGCUGAGCUGGCUGCUGAGCGAGAUCGCCGGCACGAGACGCUAAUCGCGAUGGGGCGGCAGUGGAAAGAAGAUGUUUUGGUCGAAGUCCAUCGACGUGGCGCGGCCCUUCAAUCGGAUGUGUCCGCCGUAGAGGAGAAAAUGACGGCGCAGUGGAAGGAGAGCAAUGAAGGCCGUCUUGUGAUGCGCCGCCAAUUAGAGGAAGCCAUGCGCGCCGGUAAGAUUCGCGACACCAGCCAAUUUCAGCUGCGGGAAGAGGUCCAGGAGACGGCUCGGCAGCUAGAGGAGCGGGUGGACAUGGCCCUAGCGCAGAGCAGCGCCGCCCGCGCGGAUUGCAGCCGCCAGCUCGAGCAAGAGCGGGCCACCCUUUCUCAGCGCCUGGACGCUGAGCUGCUGCGGCUAGUGGAGAUGCGGCGCGACGAUCAGCGUGCGCUGCAGCAGGCAAGGGAGCUGAUGCGUGACGAGAGCCUGAGGGUGAGGGAUGACAUACGCAGGGUGGUGCAGGAGGUGUGGGAGACGUCGUCAUCCGCGCUUCUGAAAACCGCCACGGAGCCCAUCGAGCAACUCCGCUCGGAGUUGCGACAAACCAAAGCAGCCACGCAAGCAAUGGAGGAGAGGGUGGCGGACUGUGUGCGAGCGUGCCAGGCGGAGUGCCGAAUGGUCACGACGACUACGACGGAACGACUCCAUGCUCUGGAGUCGAAGGAGGCCGUUGCGAUUUCGUCUAUCGACCGCGCCGAGCGCAAGGCAGACUCCGCGUACGAGACUGUGCGCCACAUGGAGGCCACGAUAGCGGCGGCGAAGGAGGCAACAGAGCGAGCGCUCGUGCAGGUGGCCGGUGCUGCGGAGCGGACACUGAAGGUAGAGCACGCGCUCACAGAUCGCGACAGUCGCCUCGUUGCAGUCGAAGCGCAGUUGCAUGCUAUCGCCACUGCAGAGGGUCUGAGAGCGGAGGUGGAAGCCUGCAAGCGGCAGGCUGGUCGCCUGGAGAGCCGUGUGGAGGCUGCGGGGGCAAUGUGCACGCGAGUGGAGCAGCUGGCAGACCGCACUGCACAGCAGGUGGCGUCGUUUGCCGAUCGUAUUGAAAGCUGCGAGAGGUCGACACAGCGAAGUGUUGACGCAGUGCAGAGAGUACAGGACGGUCUGGAAGCCUGCGAGUCAGCGGGCCAGCAGACGCGCACCCGCUUUGACACCAGCGAGGCGGUACUCCAGCGCCACACCCACCUCCUUGCGCAGCUGGAACAGCAGAUUUCCGGGCAGGAAAAUCGCCUGGGACUUUGGCGUCAGCAGCAGGAGCAGCAAGUGAAGGAUCAGAUGACGGUGCAGCGUGAGCUGGCAGAGCGCGCGGAGGUGACGCACACCGUUGCAUCUCGAGCCCAGCAAGUCAGCAGUGAUGCGCGUGCAGAGGUGCACCGCCUGGAGCGGCGCAUUGACGACGUUGAUCGCCGCCUCACCUCUACUUGCGCCGAAACGACUACCCUACGCGGCUGUAUUGAUAGCCAACACACGCAGGCUCUUGAGGCACAGCGACAGCAGCAGCAGGUAGCAGACGAGUUACGGUCGCUGGCAUCCGGGAUGGAUGAGCGGGUAGACCCGGUAAAGAACCUCGUGCGGAACUCGGCGGAGCGGAUGGAGCGGGCGGAAGCUCAGGCACAGGGCCUUGGGAAAAAGUUGGCGGAGUGUGAGGAGCGCCUGCACGAAAUGGGCGCACGUGUGCAGGACUACUUGAAGGAUGCAGUGCGGCACCAUGCCGGUGAGGUCCAGAAACGCCUCUUCACCGCGAUGAACGAGGGCAUUUCGCGGGUGACGGAGCGAGUGGCGGCGGUGGAAGAGGCUGCAGAUCUGUCGCAACAACGCGUGGCGGACAUGCCACAGCAGUUGGCCGCCAUGCAGCAAGCGUCCGCGAAGCUGCAACGCCACGUUCAGUCCCUCGAGGCCAGUCUUCAGUCCUUAAGCGGACAGACAGAGAAACUCGCGGUUCAUGCAGACACGCAGGCAGACGACCGUCAGCGCUUGGGCACGGUGCAGCAGGAGCUGAUGUGCCUCACUGCCGUGCAGCAGCGCACGCUGCAAGACGUGAGGCUUCUCCAGGAAGCAAUACGGGUGCUGCAAGCCAUGGCAACGGUCGGUUCAAAGAGGGACUUCUCGCUCAGCGAGCUGGGCACGUCACAGGCUCGUACGGCAAGCACGGAGAUGGCUGCUGCGGCGGAUGCGAUCUCGUCGUCCCCGUCGGCACACCAACCUCCCGGCUCCGGCGUGCGCACAUUGUCGCACGCAUUGGUGACCGGUGAACAGUCUCAGCCGCCAGCGCAGCGGGCAGCCGCGGUUGCAGCACCGCCGCUGGCGAACAUCUCUGGAGCUUCUUUGCAGGAGCUGCAGGAUCGCCAGCGCACGCCUUCAGGCAGCAGGAGCGGCAGCAGCAAAGAGGGAAGCGAAGGGCGACCAGCGCUGCAUCUCAGCGGCGUGUCCUCUGUGCGGCCGUCGAAUGAGCAGGAGGAGCGCUUGAACUCCCUUGUCGAGGCGGUAGACGCCAGCAUCGCGUCAGCGGACGGAGACAACACUGUGGAAGCCUUCCCGGCGAGGCCUGGAGCGGUGGCGAGGCUGCCAUGCACCUCCGCCGGGACCAACGGCUCGGCGUCGGUGCUACCGUGUGCCACGACAAGGACCGAAACGGUAGAGCAGCUGUCCGCGCCGGCACACGACUCCACACAGGCCUCGGCGGUCGGCGAUGCCAGCCACUGCACGGCGAUUCGCGAAUUCCCCACCAUCAUGUCGUCCUCCUCGCUAUCUGACAGCGACUCGAGCGAAGAGGGUAGGAGGGGGGUGCAGGAGCGUGUGGCACCCACGCGGCGUGGGGCGCCUUCCGAGGAGCGCACCGACGACGUCUUAUCUGAGCUGACCACCGCCAUCAUGCUGACGAGCGAGGCGUCGACAAAGCAGAGCAGUCAACGGGGCAGUCGCCCACCACCGUCGUCCGGGCAACAACGGGGGGUGAAGAUGUCCACCGCCUGGGGGCAGUGCUCCUCUGGGUCAUCAGAAGAGGGAGUGCCAGUGGCGCGCCGAGCAACAUUGGGGAGCGCGCCUCCGCCGCAGUCACAGCAUCCGACAGGUGUCAGUAAGAGCGAGUCGGAGAGCGCGUCGCAAGGGGCCGGGGCGCUGGACGACAGCGACGAUCGCGUGCAGGCCAUGUCGCGGCACGAUUCUGACACAGAGGAGGUCGAGAGAGCGGUCACAGCUGAGAAGGCGAUGGCCGGCGUGGCACACCCGCAGCCCACAUGCACAACCCAGGCAGCCGCCGCUGCUGUUGAGCGCUCUCCUGGCAACCCAAACUGGAAUGACUGGGACAAAGACGGCGAAGAGGACGACGUCGAAGAACGGCGGGGGAACAGCGAGGAAGAAGACAAGGCGUUCGAGCCGCAGCCCGUCAGGCCCCACGCAGCGCGACACACAGCGUCUGCCGCAAGCGAAGACGACACAGACGAUGCCGCCAUGCACGUUAAGGACGCAGAGUCGUCGAGCAGCACACCAGGGCCGCGAGAAACUGACGCCACCACACCCGCUGCGGGGCUUACCGCGACGGUGAUGCAUCGCCGGCAAGACGCGGAGGAUGAUUUGCGCGCGACGCCGCGCCGAAUGUUCGUGAGGACCUCCGACGAUGGCCGAGGGGUGGGCACGCAGCAGCAAGCAGCUCAGUUGUCUGAUUCAGUUCCUCGGCAUGGGAGAGGCACGACUUCUUCGUCCUCAUCGUCAGCGGAGAGAGCGGAGGCGCUGGGUCUGCGAGGUGCUCGGCAAAGCCUGCCGCAGCGUGCAGCCACGCAGAUGCGCCAAUAUACCAACUUCGACGACUCCUCCAGCAGUGACGGCGACUAG